AUGGAUACAUUUAGUCACCUUUCCUCUCCUCCCACCGAUCAGGCCGGCCAUAUCUCAUCCCUCAAGCGUCCGGUAGCCAGUGCUUUCAACAACGAAAGCCAGGUGCUUACGAACGGCCAGCGACCCGCCAAGAAGCGCAGGAAAGCAGAGCAGAAGCCCCGAAGCACCGAGCGCUUGGAUCUCACCAAUGAGGACGCCGCCGACGAGACUCAACUGAACCGCCUGCUAGACGUCUUGCGCACUAAGAGAAAGAUUGUUGUUAUCGCAGGAGCUGGCAUCUCCGUUUCAGCUGGAAUUCCCGACUUCCGAUCUAGCAAAGGAUUGUUCGAGGAAUAUAAGAGCAAGACUCUCGGUAGUGGUGCGGCUCUUUUCGAUGUCUCGGUCUAUAACAGCAACAAUUCUACAAAGCAAUUCCAUGCAAUGGUCUGUGAUCUAUCAGUUCGUGCAAAGGAAGCUGAGCCUACCGCUUUUCACAAUAUGCUGGCUACGAUUGCGCACGAGGGUCGCCUUCAACGCUUGUACUCUCAGAAUAUCGAUUGUCUGGAAACAUCCCUUUUGCCCUUAGCAACAAAAACGCCGCUGCCGGCGAAGAAACCCUGGCCAACUACUAUCCAGGUUCACGGUGGACUGGAGAAAAUGCAUUGUAUGAAAUGCAAGUUUGUCUCUAACUUUGAUGCAAGUCUCUUUCAAGGAUCAGAGGCCCCUUUGUGCAAUCUAUGCAAGGAGCAGGACGAUAUACGCACUGGAGUUUAUGGAAAGCGAAGCCAUGGUAUCGGACGGCUGAGGCCAAGAAUACAUCUCUACAAUGAGUCUAGCCCUGAUGAAGACGCUAUCGGAGCAGUCUCGCAAGCAGACUUGAGACAAGUACCGGAUGCUGUCCUUGUUGUGGGCACAAGCCUCGUGGUUCCGGGCAUACGACGAAUUGCUCAACAAUUGUGCCGAGCAACUCGAUCGACUCGAGAUGGAUUUACUGCUUGGAUUAAUCCAGAUCCUGAACCUCGCGGUUGCGACCUGAAGGAUGUCUGGGAUAUGGUCGUCUGCGGCAGAUCAGAUACUAUCGCCAGCCUCUUGGGACUUCCUCACUGGGAU